AAAAUAGUUUGCCGUCCCACACUUAGUGGUCUUGAUCAUGCAGAAACGCCCCUGCAGUCUGCUGUUAGCCUCCCAUCUGUAUCCAUAUCCUUCCUUGUUGAUAUCCAAGAGCACAAACGGAUGAAACACUUUGAGAGCUGUCUCUAGAUCAGAGGAGUGAACAGCCCUGGCAAAAUGCAUCACAAGGGAGAGAGGAUCCUUGCCGUUUUUUUUGCCACAGUUCUUUAUUGCAAAGCUGUAGUGGCUUCUAAAGAACUGGGCAUGGUCCCAAAUGCUGUAGAUGACCAAUACAUCGGAUGCCGGGAUAAAGUCCUUAAAGAUGUCACACAAAACUUGCUAAACAAGGAACUGAGCAACAGUGAAGCAUUUAAAACUACAUGGGUGACCAAAAGACUGUGUCAAAGUCUGAUUCGCGGAGGAGUAGAAGAACACACCACUGCACUGCUGGCAUACACACACAGUAGCCCAUACUUCAGAAAGUCCUUCAACAAUGAUGUGGAAACCAUGGGUGAGAAUGCUACCAUCUAUGCCUCCAACUUCCACUUCAAGUCUUUCCACUUCCUGCUAAUGGAUUCUAUGAAUUUGCUGAAUAAAGGGAAGUGUCAGACUUUGUACCAUCUCUCAGCAACAAAGUACAAUGCUAAGCUGGGCGCAGAGAUACGAUUCGGCAGGUUCACUGAAGCACAGCAGGACAACAUGGAUUUACUGGAAGAUCCUGAUAUAGAAGAUGGAACCUUGUUUAAUAUCACCUCUUGCUCUGUGCUCAGUGUAAAGGAAAACAUAUGCAAUCAAGGGCAAAUUGGAAUGCUGUUAUCGCCAGCUGAAGUGUUCACGGUGGAGGAAGUAAAGGCCCACAAUAAUGACGGUUACCGUUACACUGAGAUUGUCCUAAAACAUAAGAAAAUGUUCAGCUAUCACAACUGUUACCUAUCUUCUUGGUCAACAACAACUGGCUCUUGUACCCUUAACCUGGCCAGCAAUGUCCUGGUGACGAUAGUGGUAUCUUUUUCUGUGUUCACAAGCUAAUCAUCAUUAAUCAGAAUCUCUACCUGUUCGCUCCAACUCAUAAAAAAAAACAAUGAAAAGAGCAGUCGUGUAAAAGUGAAGAGUUAUUAAGAAUGUGCCCGGAAUGGAAAUACUGUGUGCGAGACUUGCUUUGUAUUGUGAUGUGAAUAGCACUUGCCAUGGUACCACCAAAUGUAACUAAAGCCUCGACCCCUCUGCUCUUUCCCCGGUCUGGGGAAACCACUGCUGAUGGACUAAGGCAAAUACUGAUACCACGCCUCAGCAUGCUACACAUUACUGUGUAAAUAGUAGCGUACAUGAAUGGAGUGCAGGUAGAUGACCGCACUGUAAACAAAACAGUAUGAUAGAAGAAUGGGAGUACAGAGCCAGGUUGUUUUUAUCCUGAUUGUGUGACUUCAUACAGUAUGUUAGGUUGGAUCGGGACCAUCUAAGGCCAAAGCUUUUUACAGCAAAGUGUAUCUUUAAGACAAUAGUUAAAAAAAAACUAAAAAAAAAACACUAUAACGAUAUUUCAUAUUAACUUCAUAGUCAUUUUACAAAUGGGUUUCCUAUGCAGCACAUCAUUGUUGACAUCAGUCUUUGUGAUUAAAUGGAUUAGGAUUAGGACAGAAUGGAGUCAAAAGAGAAAGCAGCAAAAGCAGAUUUUCACACACAAAUCAUAAGCAUUUGUUCAAUUUUCAGACUGGCAUACUUUGGUAAAACACAUUUUCACUGUAACAAUAGUAUACAGAACCAGUGCCUGCACAAAAGUAUGAAUGUGUGUGCAUAUGUGUAUGACUGUACAAAUAUCUUACAACAUCUUUCCCGUACAAACACGUUUACAUUAUAAACAUGAAACACAACUGCACAAUUACAAUUGCACAAGACACAAUUGCAGGUAUCAUUGGCAGGAAACAUGUAAGAGUUUUUACUCUUUUAAAGAGCACUAGCCUAUUCCAUAUGACAAUUGUUACAACAGCAAGAACUUGUAAAUUCAGCCUCCUUCAUUUCUAUCCUACAGGAAAUACAUACACAUCCAUUUCAAUGAAUUUGAUUCACAUUCAAUACCUGGAAUAGGUACCUGCGGUUUGUUUUAAGGUGCUGUAAGAUUUAAACAAUUGACUUUUCCUGAUAAUACUACAUGACAGUACAGACAGCUAGCAUGAAUAAUAAAGGACAAUAAUUAAUGUAAUUGUUAUCAUAUAGUUCAUAUUACUGUAUCUAAUAUUGUACGCUAUUGGAAAAACAAUUUAUGAAAAAGGCAGUAGUUAAAAUGAUUAAUCACAAUCAGUUUGCAAAAAAAGUAUCUGCGUGUGUGUGUGUGUGUGUGUUAUAAGGCAAAGGGAGUGUAGCGUUAUGGGAAUGUAUGGUAAUGUUACGUCAGUUUAGACAAUGCGCAAAUGUAAUCUGGUAAUAUUUUUGUUAUUUCAGUCUUUUGAAGGGUAUUGUUUAAAUACUGCAGGUUGCUCCGCAAAAUGGCAAUUUAUACGAGUGACAGCUUUCUUUCUUUGUUCAAUAAAGUGGCCACAGUGUGGGGAAAAAAAUUCACUUAGCUGUGUGCUUCAAUUGAGUUCCUAAACUUUGUUGGAUAUGUCAACAGAUCAACUGAAGACCACACGGUAGUAUCAGGUUUUGUGCCAUUAAAUCAGGCUGAGGUUGAUCUAUCGAUACAUUAAUCUAUGACUGACUGCCAUUGUUGUGGCUUCGCAUCACAAAAUAAUAUAGACUCAAAUAAAAACUACGCCAUCACUGUCACCAUUCUCACUUUCCUCUCAGGUUAACGAGGGGGGGGGCUAAGGGUGUGUAUAUGUCAGUGUGUGGGUAUUUGCUGUUAAAUCA